AUGUCGUCGUUUUUUCAAACGCAGCAGCAGGUUGCUGCUUUGGACCCACGCCUCGGUAGUCUGAUGGCAAGUGCGGGUCUGUACAAUCUGCGCGCAUUGAUCAAGGGUGUAAGAGCGUGCAAGACACUGGCUGAUGAGCGAGCGCUCUUACAGAAGGAGUCUGCUGCAAUACGUACAUCAUUCAAGGACGACGAUGCGUAUAUGCGAUACAAUAACCUAUCGAAAUUGUUGUAUAUUCAUAUGCUUGGUUACCCGGCGCAUUUUGGGCAGAUGGAAUGUCUCAAGCUCGUGGCAUCGCCACGCUUUGCGGACAAGCGUCUUGGAUAUCUGGGUAUAAUGGUAUUACUGGAUGAGAAUGCACAAGUGCUAAUGCUCGUAACGAAUGGGCUAAAAAACGAUAUGAACCACUCGAAUAUGUACAUUGUGGGUCUUGCGCUGUGCACGUUUGCGAACAUUGCGUCGGAGGAGAUGUCACGCGAUUUGUGCAAUGAGAUCGAAAAGCUCAUGUCAAGUGCAAACUCAUACAUCAGGAAAAAGGCUGUACUGUGUGCCAAGCGCAUCAUCCGAAAGGUGCCCGAUCUUGUCGACCACUUUCGACACCGGACAUUGCAACUGUUGAGUGACAAGAGCCAUGGCGUCUUGCUCUGUACCAUCAGUCUUGCGAUCCAGAUCUGCGAGACGGAUCCAUCCUCUGUGGCACUGUUCCGCCGAGCGACGUCGUCUCUCGUUGCCAUGCUGCGCAAUUUGCUGUCGACAAGCUUUUCGCCGGAGCAUGACGUUGCGGGUGUGACGGAUCCGUUUUUGCAGGCCAAGAUCUUGCGCUUUAUGCGUGUGCUAGGCCGCGACAGUGCCGAAGUAUCGGACAUGAUCAAUGACAUCCUCGCACAGGUCGCGACGAACACAGAUGGAAGCAAGAUCGUAGGCAACAGCAUUCUUUACGAGUGCGUAUUGACGAUUCUGGACAUCAAGGCUGAUUCUGGUCUACGUGUGAUGGCAAUCAAUAUUCUCGGCAAGUUCCUUGGAAAUCACGACAACAACAUCCGCUACGUCGCCCUCAAUACGCUCAUUAAGGUCGUUUCGAUCGAUACCAACGCCGUGCAGAGACAUCGAGCGACUAUUCUUGCGUGCUUGCGUGACGUUGACAUCUCAAUUCGCCGGCGUGCAUUAGAACUUGCGUACACACUCAUCAAUGAAAAUACCGUACUGUCCGUCAUGCAUGAGCUCCUGCAAUUCCUCGAGGUGGCUGACACCGAGUUCAAGCUUGGUCUCACCACGCGUAUUGGCAUGGCAGCUGAGCGGUUCGCACCCAAUGUCCGCUGGCACGUGGACACCAUGCUCCACGUCCUGCGUGUCGCUGGUCAAUAUGUGCGUGAGGAAGUGCUGGCUUCGUUUCUUCGUCUUGUGUGCCAUACGCCCGAGCUGCAUGCGUAUGCCGUGGAGCAGCUGUAUGUGGCUCUCCACUCAGACAUGUCGCAGCUGUACCAGACACUUGCAGCUGUGUGGGUGAUUGGCGAGUACGGCGAUCUGCUCUUUGAGCGUGGAAGUGUCGAGAUCGACGGUUCCGUCUACAAACUAGAUCCGAAGUCCGUGAUUGAUGUUUUGGCAAUGCUCCUGGACUCCGUGUACGCCACAGAGCCGGUGCGUGAGUACACUCUGACGGCUCUGCCCAAGCUGUACACGCGCAUGCAAGAUGUAACGCAGCAGAAACGCAUUCAAUCGAUCCUCGCACAGUAUGACGAGAGCAUCGAUCUGGAGACGCAGAAGCGUGCACUUGAGUAUGGUGCAUUGCUGAAGCGUGCUUCCAUUCGAGAUGCCGUCAUGGAGGUCAUGCCGCUUCCACUGCAGCGCCCGCUGACGACCGGCUCAGCGAGUGAGGCCCAGUCAUCCUUGGGUGCUGCCGCUGCGGCUUCGUCAGCUGCUACGUCGGAUUCCUUGCUCCUAGACACGGAUGCCGGCGCUUCUAGCACGGGUGGUGCAUCGACAACGCCGGCACCCAAGCAAAAUGCACAUGAUCUGUUGGCUGAUAUAUUCGGUUCAGGAAACGAGUCGGCGUCGGAAAAUACGUCGUCGGCUUCGUCAACAGCAAGCACAGUAACAAAAAAGCCGUCGUCUGCGCAACAAGAUAUUUUGGGUCUGUUCGAUUCUCCCGCAGCCUCAGAGCAUACUACUGCUUCAGACGUCGCACAGACGACGUCGGCGUUUGGGGAGAUGGAUCUGCUCGGUAGCAGUGGAGACGACACGUCGUCAAUGUCCAAGGCACCAACGCCACUACCUGAAGAUCCACCGGUAUACUCGAAGAACGGGCUGAAUCUUGCCUUGGUCGUCACCAGACAAGAGGGCAAGGAUGUCUUGGUCCAAGCACGCUUCUUGUGCACGAGUGGCGCAGUCGAGAGCAUCAUGUUGCAGGCUGCUGUGCCAAAGACACAGCAUCUUCAGAUGCAUGCACUAUCGAAGUCAACGCUGUAUGCGGGCGAGCAGGCUAUGCAAGACAUGGACAUUGCAGGUGUCAUGAGUGGGAAGGUGCGACUGCGAAUUCGAUUGAUCUAUCGAGUGCGUGGUGAAGAAGUGCGUGACCAGUUGGACUGGACGCAACCGUAG